AUGGAACAGUUGGAAUCAAUGUUUGAGGUGGAUCCAACACUCAAAAGUGAACACCAGAAUUCAGAAGAAGUAGAUGGUGAGAGGGCUUUAAUUGUGGACUUGAUUGAAACAGUCAAAGCUCAUCCUUCGCUGUAUGAUAGGCAAACUGGGAAUUUUCAAGACGGUCGUAAUCGACAGUUUUUAUGGCAAAGCGUUGGUGACGAAAUGAAGGAGAAGGGUCACAUUAUCAAAGGAACCGAAGGAGGAAAACAGGUCUGCCACGUCACUUCAGAGAUUUGUUGGUCAUUGUAUUAUGAAGUAGGAAUGACUGGAACGGAGUCGGGGCUAGUAAUAGUUACCGAUAUUUAUGUUUUACUUUACGUUAAAUUUUAUCCGGGGAUUGAAAAGCUGCUAAAGAGGUUUGGUUUGAAGUGGACAGGUUCUUCGUGUCGCGAAAAAUGGAAUUCGUUAAAAAGGAGGUAUAUAAGAGAGCUAUCUGCAAUCACCUCGUCUGCAGAAUAUUCUCCUCGGGUUUCGAAAUGGCCGUAUUUCAAUGUUUUUGACUUUUUGCAGCCCUAUGUGCAGCAGAAUUUACCCCCAGUGAUUAAAAACGAGUCUCCAAUUGUUGACGCGGAAAACGAAGCUGGUACGUCGGCGGAGCAGGCAUUUGACGAAAAUCUGGGUAAAAUACUCGGUUUAGAAACAGGAGAACCUAAAAGAAAACGCAUACGCCUUUCAAAAGUUCACAAGGACUUAGAUGAUCGCUUGGAUGACACGGUAGAAGAGACUAAAUUUAAGAACCGGAGUGUAAUGGUGAAACUUUGGGAUAUGAGGAAUGAAGCUUUUGUGGCUUCGCUCUGUGGGCUAACUACAUUUCUGGACGACGAGCAGUUAGCAGCUUUUCAGAAGGACACAUUGUGUGACUUGGCUAGACGGCUGCUAAGUCCUCCUAACAAGACAAGGGUCGGCCAUCCUCUUUGA